AUGUUAAAUUUAUCAAAGCUUGAAUUUAUGUCACUUGAUAUUACCGGAAAAAAUUAUUUAUCAUGGGUCCUUGAUGCUGAAAUUCACCUUGACGCUAAAGAUCCACUUGAAUUGUGGAAUAAUUUGAAGAAUCGAUAUGAACACCUAAAGCUGACGGUAUUACCGAAAGCUAGAUAUGACUGGAUGCAUCUCCAGCUCCAAGAUUUUAAAACUGUAACUGAUUCUGCUAUCCAUCAAGAACAAUACCGUGAAAAGGGGUUCAAAAAGUAUGCUGAUUUAAUUUCAUGCCUACUUGUGGCUGAGCAGAAUAAUACUCUAUUAGCGAAAAAUCAUGAAUCCCGUCCCACUGGGCCUGCUUCAUUCCCUGAAGUGAAUGCAGCAGCAGGUUAUGAUAAGCCUGAAAGAAGGCAAAAUAAUUACCGUGAUCGUGGCCAUGGUCGUGGACGUGGACGUGGACGUGGACAUGGACGUGAAAGGGGACGUCAUAAUUAUCGUCAGCAUGGUGAGACUAAACAAGAGACCAAUAAGGGUUCUCAAAAUAAUCCUUCAAGAGGUAAAGUUAAUAUGUGCCACCGAUGUGGUAUGAAAGGUCAUUGGGCACGUAUUUGUCGUACGCCCGAUCAUUUUGUCAAGCUUUAUCAGGCCUCUCUCAAAGGAAGAGAAAAUAACGUUGAGGCAUGCUUGACCUUUCAUAAUAAUGAUGAUGAAGCAGCUCCCUCAAACAAACAUGAUGAUAUUGAGGCAAAUCUUGCUUAUAAAGAUGAUGAUUUUAAAAGCCUCUCAACUAUUACUCAUUUAGAAGCUGGAGACUUCUAUGAUGAUAUUAACUGA